UAACAUGGGCUCCUCUGGCAGCAAAGCCUGCCUGAAGACUCCUCCACAUACCAGAAAGAAAGGCAAGCGUGAAGAGACAUUGAAGCUGAAGAAAGGACUGUCCCUGGAGCUUUCUACCCUGCGCGAUGAGCUCAUCUCCUCGUCCCAGUGCUGUGAGCGGCUGCAGAAGGAGAAGGAGGAGGUGCGGGUGUCUCUGGAGGAGGUGGUGCGGAGGGUCCAGAGGGAUCACCAGGCUGAGCUGACCGGCCUGGAGGAGAGGCUCAAGGCCUUCUACCAGGCAGAGUGGGACAAGGUGCACCAGGCCUAUCAGGAGGAGGCGGACAAAUGCCGCGCCCUCAUGGAGCAGCAGCUGGAGGAGAUGAGGAGCAGACAGGAGACUCUGAGGAGAAAUUCUGAGGCCAGCCACGCUCAGCAGAUGGACACGCUCAGACUGUCCUACGACACCGCUGUCCAAGAACUCAGGAAAACCCUGGAACAGGACUUGGAGAACCUGGACAAAACACUAAAGGAAACGGAGGCCACUCUCACUGAGAAAAUCCAGGACCUCACGUUGGAGAACGAGGCGCUGAGCGAGAAGCUGCGAGCGGAGGAGGAGAGGAGGAGGAUUCUGGCAGAGAAGAACCUGAAGGACUCCCAUGUGUUGUAUCUGGGUCAGGAGCUGGAGAGUCUUAAGGUGGUUCUGGAGAUAAAGACCAAACGGCUUCAUCAACAGGACAAGAAACUCAUGCAGAUGGACAAGCUGAUGGAGAGCAACGUGAAGCUGGAGGAGCGUCUGAACAAAGUCCAGCAGGAGAACGAAGACUACAGGGCCCGCAUGGACAAACACACCGCACUCUCCAAGCAGUUAUCCAGUGAACAGGCCAUGCUGCAGCAGACCCUGCAGAAGGAAUCCAAGGUCAACAAGCGUCUCUCCAUGGAGAAUGAGGAGCUGCUGUGGAAGCUGCACAACGGAGACCUGGCCAGCCCCGCCGCCUCUCCCUCCUCGCCCUUCCACUCGCCUGGCAACUCGGCUUCCUUCCCCACCGCCACAGCCCCACUCUCGCCCAGCAGAUAACCCAAACUGGAUACCAAGGGGACCGAGAGAAAGAGAGUGUGUGUGUGGAUACCCCCUCCAACACACCCUAGAGACAACCCCCUCUACAGUCCCUUACCUCCUACCCCCAGAUCACCAACCCCAGCCUCUCAAGGAGACAAAGCUAUUCCAAAAGCGGAUGGACUACUUCAUAUGAUGACGCUGCAGUUUUGGCUUCUGCCCACAAUGACUUGUACAGACGUUUUCUUUGCUCCCAGAAAGAGAAGACAAUGUUGCACAGAUGCACUUACUUAAAGCGUGGGGCAAUUCUGCCUUCGUUCUUUUCUGCCUGAUUUCUCUCACUUUUUUCCCCCUCAGCAGAGAGAAAGAACAGGCAGCUUAAACCUGAGGCUUCUCAGCUCCUUUUGAUUCAGGGUUUGUACAUAGCUUCUCAGCUCCUUUUGAUUCUCCUUCUUUUAUUUGUGCAUCGUGUUCCCCGCUCCACGAAUAAAGUUUGUGCGAAAAACCUUGGAUGUAGUUUUGAAAAUGUUAAAAUGGUAUAGGCCAGAGACGGAAGUGGAAGUGAGACAUCGCAUUCCCUUUUUUUUCUGGUUCAUAUACAGUCAAUGAAAAAAAAAUCUAUGGUAAAUGGCCCGAGUGGGGCAUCUUCAUUUAUCCGCCAUCUUUGGUAUAGACUUUUAGGGUGACUUAUCGAAGAGCAGAGCUUUAUCCAACAAGCUUUUGACCCGUUGUAUAAACAGUCUCUAUCUGGGUGCGGAUAUUCAGUUAAAGUGAACUUUAAUCCCAACCCUUCAUCUCUCUACCGUAAUAAAGGUGUGGAAUGUAUUUACCCUUCUGUGCUGUAUCGCUCAGAAUGUUCCCGAUCCAAAACUCCACAACGUUGUGUUGAGCCAAUGUUCUCUCAGACCUCCCCACGUCUCCAAGAAUGCCUCAAACUGACUAUCAUUUUGUUUCAUUUUAAAAGGUAAAUAAACAAACGAUAAAAAAUACAAAUCUA